AUGCCUGAGCCAGCGAAGUCUGCUCCUGCUCCGAAGAAGGGCUCCAAGAAGGCCGUCACCAAGGCUCAGAAUAAGGAUGGCAAGAAGCUCAAGCGCAGCCGCAGCCGCAAGGAGAGCUACUCUGUCUACGUCUACAAGGUGCUGAAGCAGGUCCACCCCAACACUGGCAUCUUGUCCAAGGCAAUGGGCAUCAUGAACUCCAUCGACAUCUUCGAGCGCAUUGCCAGCGAGGCUUCCUGCCUGGUGCACUACAACAAGCGCUUGACCAUCACCUCCAGGGAGAUCCAGACUGCCGUGCACCUGCUGCUACCUGCAGAGCUGGCCAAGCAUGCCGUGUCGGAGGGCACCAAGGCUGUCACCAAGUACACCAGCUCUAAGUGAGUAUACCUUCAGCUGACUAAAUC